GACGUACAGCUGUGUAUAAUGUUGUGAAACGCAGACAACAGAAAAUUUACUCGCGCUGCAAUUUGUAUUGUAAACACUGAAUUUACCCACGGCUUGAAACGGUUAUAAAACAACGACCUAGCCGAGCAAGUUUGGCGCCUUUUUCGUUGCGGCUGCUGCUUUGGUUUUGUUUACCCUACAAACUAUUUUUUGGGCCUUAGGUCCUGAAAUUUUAUAUUGAUUAUGAAAACUCGAUCGAAAGCAAAAACUACGUCAACGUCGACAAUGGCUAGCAGCAAUAGCUCAACAUCAUCGCAAUCCACUGAUGAAGAAAAUCUACGACGAUUAAGAUCAUGUCGAAUGAUGAACCUCAAAUCAUCACCUGCAACUGAUUCUAAUCGCAGAAGAAAUUCAUCACGUCUUCGAUCAUCAAAUCAGCAAUCCACUGAUUCACAUUUGAUUGAAAAUGAAUCUAUAACAACAAAUCUCCACUUAACAACACGAACAAGAUCUUUGACCAAUUCACCUCGAAGAUCGUCAACAUCACCAAGAUCAUCGCCAGUGAAGCCAAAAACAAAAACAUCACCAACCAAACCUAAACUCCCAUCCGAUGUUUGUAAUUUUUGUUUCACCAACAAUAAAGAUGACCACAUGUUGGGUGAACUUGGACAUUUUGAUGAUAUUACAGCCCAUUUGUUUUGUUUAUAUUUUUCACCAGGUCUUAGUCAAAAUGGCCAAUAUAAUGAAGGUCUUUGGGGUUUUCUACCCGACGAUAUUCGUAAAGAGCUUAGACGGGGUGUACUACUCAAGUGUUCAUAUUGUGGCAAAAAAGGAGCAGUAGUUGGAUGUUCGGUAAAAGAAUGCAUAAUAACAUUUCAUUUACCAUGUGGAAUACAGAAUGGAGCUUUUUGUCAUUAUCAUCAGGAACAGCAGCUAUAUCCCUCAUAUUGUCGAAAACAUUGGCCCAAGUUACAAGUACCGGCUUUCAAACGUCGAGUAUUAUGUACUGUGUGUCAGGAAUAUGUUAAAAAUUGUGAUAAUCGCGAUAAUAAUUUGCUUUUCGUUGAAUGUUGCCAUUCAUAUUAUCAUCGGGAGUGUUUGUCAAAAGUAGCUUAUCAUCAAGGGGAAUUCAAUCUCAAAUGUCCAAAUUGUAAUGAUCUAAGCAUAUUUGUACCAACAUUGAAACGUGGUGGAAUAUUCGUACCAAAAAGAGAAUCCACAUGGGAAUUAUCGGGCGAAAUGUCCUAUGAUGAUGUACGAUUUCGAUGCGAUGCUGAAGAAUGUAAAUGUGAACGUGGCCGAGAUUUCAAUGGCGAUGAUGAAUGGGAACUAUUCUCCUGUGAUCGUUGUGGUGCAAAUGCCAUACAUGUUUCUUGUGCCGGAUUCGGUGCAGGUGAAAAUCACGAAUGGUUUUGUGAAGUAUGUCGUAAUAUCUAAAGGGAUCAUCUUAACUAAAGAUCAUCAAAAAAAAAACAAAAUUUCUCAUUAUUUAAACUAUGAAUUUUUUCCAUCUGUGUUAAUUUUUCUUCACAGGAAAUUGAAAGCCAUAAAUUAGUGUUUCUUUUUUUCCGUUUGUACACCAAAAAUAAAAAUGGCCUGUCAUCGUCUUGUUUGUUUGAAGUUCGUUAAACAACAAUAUACAUUUCUCUUAAUGUACUUGUCUAAUUUCUAUGUUUGUUUAUU